AUGGCUGUCAAGAUAAACAAAAUCUCAGUACACAAGAUCCGACCAUCGGAUUCCCAGAUAGAUUUUGUUGCUGAGAUCAGGGGAGCAGACUUGGAGAACCUCUCAGAGGAAGAUUUCAAGAUCAUCAGAAAUGCUUUAUACGAGAACAGCGUGAUUCUAUUCAAAAACCAACAAUCACUCUCACCCAAAGCUCAAUUCGAGCUAACACAAAAGUUCGACCCUUCAGCUGGAACUUAUGGACACGGAAAGACUCUCGACGCGAAAAGAAGCGUGCUUCACCCUGACCUCAAGACCAUUCCUCACCAACCCCAAGUACAAGUCAUUGGAAAUGGCCCGGUUGCUGAGUUUGAAGGUUUGAAAGAUAUCACUCUCAAGCACCCUCAUCACAAGACUUUCCACAAGACACCAAUCAGCGAAGACGAUGACCGCGAAGCAACGAGAUUCUACCGCUGGCACAUCGACGCUGCACUAUAUGAUUUGUCACCACCCAAGGUCACCAGUCUUAUGGCUGUCAGUGUACCCAAGACCGAAUACCAGACUCUUCGUUAUGAUGACGGAAGUAAUGACGAGAUGAGAGUGCCUCGUGGAAGCACGGCGUUCGUUAGCUCAUACCGUACAUACGACCUUCUCUCAGAAGAAGACAAGGAGUUUGCUAGGACGACAAAAGUGCAAUAUGCUCCCCACCCUUACAUCUGGAUGUCGCCUGCUAGAUCCAGGAGUGAUGGCCUCGGUCUGGUUUCCGAUGGUCUUGAGCUGUCUCGCGAUGAGUUGCCGCCAAUCGACGAGAAGAAGAUCAAGAUCCUGCCUAUGUGCUGGCGCAAUCCCGUCACUGGACGAUUGGCUCUGCAAGUUCACCCUUCUGCGGUCGAGAAGCUCCAUCUUGCUGAUGGUACCGUUAUCAGCGAUUUGAAGCAAGUCCGAGAUAUCAUCCACAGGCUUCAGAGACCUGGUAUCGCUCCUGAGCUAGUAUACUCAGUCAAUUGGGAUGAGGGAGACCUUGCUCUAUUCAAUAACGAAGGAGUGAUUCAUUCAGUCACGGGCAGUUUCUUGCCUGAGGAAGUUCGUAUCUUCAGACAAUGCAACCUGGCGGCCUCUCAGGAUCCUCUUGGUCCAGAAUGA